AUGCUAUGGCCUUUCGGGUCAGGGAAACCUGAGCCUCCCAAAGAGAAAAAGUCCAUCUUUUGGAAUGACCUCCUCCCGCAGCCAGAUCCUCCACUGCACGCCGCGAGAGAGUGGGCGCCCGUCUUCCUGACCGCUGUUGGGUCGCUGGCCGUAUUCACUUUUUAUAACUCACGCCUGCGGCGAUAUCCCACAACCGGGCAUAUCUCACCAGACCUCUUCAGGAAACGGACACUGUUCGGCCGGGUCACGAGUGUCGGGGAUGGAGAUAACUUCCACAUGUACCAUACCCCAGGCGGGAGGCUCGCUCUGUGGGGUUCACUGAGGAGAGUUCCCACCACCAAAGCCAAGCUGAAGGGGAAGACGAUACCUGUGCGAUUGGCUGGGAUCGACGCUCCUGAGGGCGCUCACUUUGGUAAGCCUGGACAACCAGGUGCUCCAGAAGCUCUCAAAUGGCUCAACGACUACAUCUUGAACCGACGCAUCUGGGCAAGGAUCCACAAACGCGACCAAUACGACCGCGUCGUUGCGACUGUUUUCGUGAGACCGUUCCUUUUCAAAAAGGACGUCGGGUUGGAGAUGCUGAAGCGAGGCCUGGCAACGACUUACGAGGCAAAGUCCGGAGUGGAAUGGGGAGGUUUUGAACAAAAGUACAAAGCCGCUGAAGCCAAGGCCAAGGAACAGAAGCUAGGCAUUUGGGCUGGCAAGGCUAGCGACUUUGAAAGUCCCAGGGAUUACAAGACGAGGGUCAACGAGGCGGGAGAGAAGGUCGUGGAGGAGGUGAAGCCGGAUGAGAAGAAAAAGAAAGAGGAGAAGAAGAAGACCUGGUGGUUCUUUUGA